UCCGUUAAUAGUCGCCCAGUCGCUUGAGAACGUUGAGAACAGCUGUGCCCGGUAUGAUUGCUACCUGUUUUUGGGGUCGUUCAGAAAUGGUAUAAAAGGCAGUGGGAAGUUGGGGCUGGCUGCCCCCAGGAGGCGGUAGCCUCCUCUGUAAAAAUGACCGGCUGCCGCUGAGUGGGAGGAUCCUGGCUUAGCGACAGAGCCAGUGGGUGGGUGUCUGUAAUUGAAUGAGGGAGGAGAUAGCGAAGAGAAGCCGCCUAGCACCUCACCAGUCAGCGGAAAUCCCAAAGGAAAACAUAGAGGCUACCCUCCGCAAUAGCUGCGGCUCCUUGUUCACACGCGCUGAUUUAACAGGCCACCCCUCGCAGGCAGCUCUGCCCACAGAAAUCCGCAGCAAUGGGCGUGGAAGGCUGCACCAAGUGCAUCAAAUACCUGCUUUUUGUCUUUAAUUUUGUCUUUUGGCUCGCAGGAGGAAUCAUUCUUGGUGUGGCACUCUGGCUCCGUCAUGAUUCGCAGACCACAAAUAUCCUGUACUUACAUCUAGGUGACAAGCAGGCCCCUAACACAUUCUAUAUUGGGAUCUACAUCCUGAUUGCUGUUGGUGCAGUGAUGAUGUUUGUGGGGUUCCUGGGAUGCUACGGUGCUAUCCAGGAAUCCCAGUGCCUUCUGGGAACGUUCUUCACUUGCCUGGUGAUCCUGUUUGCUUGUGAAGUGGCUGCUGGAAUCUGGGGGUUCGUCAAUAAAGAUCUGGUUGCCAAAGACGUGAAGCAAUUCUACGAUCAAGCAUUGCAACAAGCGUUGCAACAAGACCUGUCGGAUUCUGACGCAACUAAUGCGAAAACUGUGGUGAAGACCUUCCAUGAAACGCUGGAUUGCUGCGGUGCAAAUACCAUAAUGACCACAGGCACCUUGCUCAUCCGUAAUGAUCUCUGUCCAAAGCAACAAAACUUGAUGGAAACUGCCCAGGGUCGCCUACCCCAGGAUUGUCAUAAGAAGAUUGAUGAGCUGUUCUCAGAGAAGUUGUACCUGAUCGGUGUUGCAGCCAUUGUGGUGGCUGUGAUCAUGAUCUUCGAAAUGAUCCUGAGCAUGAUACUGUGCUGUGGCAUAAGGAAUAGCACCGUGUAUUGAGAAGUGGAGAGCUGGGGGGGGGGGGGGAAGGUUGGAGAUGACCGUGCAAAAGGGACCCCAAGUGCCACCAAGUGACAAGGAGACAUUUCAACAAAAGACAAAGAAAACUAUGUAUAUAAAUACUUCCAAUAUUACCAUGCAGUACUUAUCAUUUUUACUUUAAACUACUUUUUUUU